AUGUACUCUUGUGUGCCAUGUCUAGCCGCCAACGCGCCCCGCACCAAAAGUGUCAUGUGGAAGCAGAUCGUGGCUCUCGCGGCGUACUUCCGGUGGACUCUGUACCCACAGGCGCGCCGUCGGUCGCCUGGAGAGUCCGGUAUACGCUACGGACCCAUGUACUUUGCAAUUACAAACCUCGAUCACAGGGUAUUACCACAGGGUACCGACAAAGUAUAG